UUCCUGGUCAAUUGGCAAUGCAUAAGAAAAUACCCUGAUAACCGAUGCACGAUUUCCAUGUACCUGGAGCCGUUUACCAUCUGGACAAUUCACUAAACGGUUCAAUGGACACGUCCGAAGACCGAUCUUGUAUUCCACUGUUCUGCUUCAAAGGCUUAGUGCUAUUUAUGUUAUUUAAAGUCCGUAUGGCGAACUAGAUGGAUUAUACAUGUAUUGUAGAUUUCUGACGCAGGUAGAUCAAUUUUACUGAGUGGUGGUCAGUAUAUACCAUGUUGCCCUAAGCUAUUUUUGCUGGACGUUACAUUAUCGCAUGGCCAGGUUGAAAUAAUUUUAUAUAUACAUGGCACAACCGGACAGUGUUGUUAUAUACAUUUGGGCAAGUAUACAAUUGACUAGCAAUUCGUGAAUGAACAAGGUUGUUUUACCUUUAUUUAUAUGUAGCAUAAGAAGUGGCAUUUUGUCUGUAUCAGGUCACGAGCUCUCUCGUGUGAACGUACAGAUUCUACACGUGAUGAUUUGCUGUCGAUGUAUCGAACCGUUUUGAAAGCAGACGACAACAAUACCCAACGCUGUAAGCAGCCGACAUGUGGGACACUUUGAACUGAUACGGAACGAAUGGUAUCGCUAUGAAAUUCAGGAUUCGACGAUUACUGGCAUGGACUGUUUUGUUUCAUACCGGGAUAUUUUGUCUAUUGUUGCAAUAUAUGUUCCAAUAUGACGAUUUUCAUGAACCUCGGUCGGCCCUAGGGCGAUAUAUGGUGAACAGAAACCGGACACUGCAUCGUGUAAAUUCCGACAAGCAGACGAUAUCAUUUCUGAGGAAUAUUCUUCCAGCUGUGGAAUUGAGUAAUAUCACUCAUAAUUCUACAACUAAAGAUGAUAACAAUAUUAACCAUCCUGUUAACAGUGACAUUCCAGCACCUCAAGAUAGCUGUGUGCAAAGACCUCCACAAUCUGUGAUAGGUCGCAGCAUCGUCUCGGGGGAUUUUCAAACCAUUAGUCAUUCUCAAAGAGGAUUUGUUGUGUCAGCUUCCUUGGAUAACAUAGACAAUAUUACCGGAACUCUUCAUGUGAUCUCUAUUAAGGAGACUAAUUUCGGAAAGUCUACAAUGUGUGUUUUCUGGAGUUCGGAUCCAAAGGUUGUUCAGCCAAUCUCUACAUCUGUCACGAAAGUUGUCAAGAUAAAUGAGCAUCACGGGAAAAGAUAUGCUGCUGCCUAUUUCACGUGCAAUGUGCCUUACAAUAUAAAACCAGCAGGAGUAUCCUUGACAACUCAACGAUGCGAAAACCCGUCCAACUUUUUGCCAAUUCAAUACCCCGAGAAACAAAAAUGGCAAUUUACCGUGUGCGUCACCCCACUCAACUUCCGAUACAGCAAGGCGUACGAAUUGGUGGAGAUGAUUGAAAUGAACCGGAUUUUAGGAGCCGACCAUUUUGUGUUUUACAAUUACAGUACGCAUGUAAACGUAGACAAGGUUUUGCAGUAUUACAUUAAAAUGGGACUUGUCGAGGUCGUACAGUGGCACCUCCCGAUGAGGGUCGAUGUGUGGCCAAAGGUUAAAGGUCACACGACCGAAAUUCAUUAUUUUGGUCAACUCGGUGCUUUAAAUGACUGCCUUUAUAGAAACAGAUACAAAAGUCAGUAUUUAGUUUACCAAGAUCUAGACGAAUUUAUUUUCCCGUAUAAGCAUAAAAAUUGGAGCGAAAUGAUAGGUUCUUUAGCUCAACGCAGUGUGUAUAUGUUUAGGAAUACAUUCUUUCGUAAAGACUGGAACGAUACCGAUGAAUUUUUUGACGGAAAAGAUCUAGCUGUGAAGUAUAAAUCUACGAUACUUUUAAAAACAAUGAGAGAGGCAAAGAUAUUUGGUCUAAGACAACGAUCUAAAUACAUCAUCAACCCUAGAAAAGUAGAUACUGUUGGAAUUCAUAAUGUGUGGAAAGAACGAUCAGGGAGUAGUUUACUGAAUGUGCCACCAGAUGUCGCCUUAAUGCAUCAUUACAGAAACUGGGAAAAUCCGCAUGAUAAGAUGAAGCGCGAGGAUGGUUUAAUAGCACUUCAAUACAAGGAUGAGUUACUGGGGAGAUUAAAGAAAGUCUGGACAACCCUGAAGGACGUGGAGUUAGGGCCAUUGGGAUACUAGAUAUAUUCUCCUAGAUAGAGUUAUCGCCCCUGUGUAAGUCUCGUCCAAACAGAACUUUGUUGCUUGUGCAUUAUACGCCAACCACAGGGGCAUGUCUAGUUAUAAUAAAAAUAGCCAGAAAUACCUUUAUCUUUAUAAAUAGGUAUUUCUGGCCAUUUUUCUAUAUAAGACUAGACAUGCCCCUGUGCACCGACUGUGAAUCAGGAAAUGUGUUUGAAAAUAUAGGGGCGAUAGUAAUUAACGUACAUGUAUUUAUUGUUGUUAAAGAAUGUUUGAGUCUAUUUUUGCAUACUUUGUUACAUGGUUACAUUGUUUUUAUCGUACAUAACGAUUUGUGUUGACCAAUUCCUCAAUCGGAAGUGAUUUGUAGUGAUUUGGGUAUGAGAGAUAUUUUCAUAUACAUAUAUGCGUCGACUUCAGCCCAAUCACAUUUUCUCAAGAAACAUUUUCCCAUUUUUUCUGAAAUUUGUACAACUUUUCAUUCUCAUUUGUGAUGAAAGCUUGAAAUAAAAUCAACAUAUUCCCCCAUAACGUUAAGUAAUUUAAUCUUGCUUUUAACAAGCAUUUUCAUUGGCUUAAAAUUUAUGUUAUCAACUCAUAACGUAAAAAAAGGCAUUUGUAGCGUCGCUUUUGAUUGGCUGAUAAGGGGCGUUAUAAUGUCUGAUAGAAAAGAGUGAACCAAUAAAGUGGGAUUUCACAGGGGUUAUUGAUGGCGAAGUAAAUUAGAAGGAUUAACUGGAAUAUAUUUUCAUGUUAUGGAGCUAUAACAUACACAAAAAAAUGAAUAAAUAGAUAAAUAACAAAAAAAAAAAAUCCGAAGUGUUCUCUCAUCCUAAACUUUAAUUAAAGUGCAUUUUUUUCUUCUUUUUUUUUUUUUAUCCAUAACAUAAAACUAAAUUCAAGGUAAUCCUUAAUUUUUCGGCAAUUUCAACAUCAUUUCGGAUUCGAUGUGAUAGACUGAACCAGAGAAAAUUUAAAUAUGAAAGAUCUACAACA